CAAUUCAGUUCAGUGUGUUUUUACAACUCCGGCCUUAAUAUGAAGCUAACGGAACAGGAUCUCCAUCUUUUGGAGUUCGCUUCCUACGACGACUACCUCAACUCGCUGAUCGAUGGCAAAAGUCUCCAAUAUUUCGGUAAUCGGGAAAAUUUAAUCAGUCUUUACCGGACGGGCUACAGAGCACUCACGAAGGAAGCGUUCGACGCCCAGCGAACGUUUCUGGAGGUGACGAAGGACCCGAACACACUGUUCAGCCGUCACGUUGCCCCGAAGGAUCAAUUCUUGAAAGAGAUCGCCAAACGUGAACGCCCAAAUCGGUUGGGUUUGCUUUCGACCAUCAUCUACAUGCGGUACGUGAAGAAGGCGACCGAAAUCUCGGGCUACAUUGACUACGAGGAGGCGCUGCGCCGGGUGCACCAGGACCAGCAGUACUCGAACGAUUGGCGCGCGAUCUUUGCGGAGGAAAGGGUGCUCUACCCGACGCCCGCCGACCUGCUGUACUACAACGCGAAGACGGGCCGCAGCAUGCGGAACAACACGCGCAACUAUCAGAUCCUGUGCGACCCGGCCCGGGGCAUCAUCUUUCGCAACAUGUACGACCGGAAGGACAUCUAUCCGGACCCGGUAGCGCGCUCGUACGGCACCAACACGAGCCGGAUCGAGCUGGCGAGCGAUCUGUACGAGCAGGUCGUGCUGUACGAUCAUGUCGUGCGGAAGAACUACUGAGCCGGAAGGAAGCUAAUCCGCGCUGUGAGUAAGUAGUGCGUGUGAGUGUGUGUGAGAACACAUUCAUACGAGUGAAUCAAUACACGUUCAAGGAUGUUAGGCGUCCUUCCCGUACGGUCGCUUUCACUA